AUGGCGGAUUCUGAAUUGCCCACCCGUGCCAAGCCCGAGGAAACCCCAGCGGCUGCCCCCGCCGAGGGCGAGACCAAAAACGCCAGCAAGAAUGCGCUGAAGAAAGCGGCCAAGGAUAAGGCUAAGGCUGAGAAGGCUGCCGCACGCGCUGCGCAAGAGAAGGCCCAGGCUGCAGCACAGGAAGCCAAUGACACCGCCAAAGAACUAUAUGGCGCGCUCCCUGAGACCGAGGCCGCUGUGCCCACCAUCCGAUUCAACCAGCUUGCCGAGGGCGAGGCUGAGGUAUCUUUGGUUGCUCGUGUCGAUAAUGCACGUGUACAGAGUGCCAAGCUGGCCUUCUUGAUGCUGCGCCAGCAAGGACAAAAGGUUCAGGCUGUGAUCGCCCUCAACGAGCCCAUCUCGCGACAAAUGAUCAAGUACACUGGUGGUUUGAACGUCAACUCUAUUGUGCGGGUCACUGGUAUUAUCAAGAAGCCCGAGAUCCCUAUUUCCUCCGCUACCAUCCAAAACCUCGAGAUCCACAUCCGCAAAAUCUACAUGAUCUCCGAGGCCGCCCAGAUGCUGCCCAUGCAGGUUAAGGAUGCUGAACGCCCACCCCCGGAUUCCUCCGAGGAGGGUCAGCUUGAUGCCGAUGGUGCUCCCAUUGUAACCCUCAAGACUCGUCUUGACAACCGUGUCAUUGACCUACAGACUGAGACCAGUCAGGCCAUCACCUGGAUCUCCAGCGGUGUUACAGAGCUGUUCGCCGAGUACAUGAUCAAGAGCGGUGCUCGAUGGAUCUUCACCCCCAAGCUUGUUGGUGCUGCUACCGAAGGUGGCAGCAAUGUCUUCGAGAUCAAGUACUUCAAGCGCAACGGUUACCUGGCCCAGAGCCCGCAGUUGUACAAGCAGAUGUGUAUUGCCGGUGACAUGGAGAGCGUGUUUGAGAUUGCUCCCGUAUUCCGUGCCGAGGACAGCAAUACCCACCUUCUUGAGUUCGCAGAGGACCUGCUGGUCUUCAUUCUCACCCAGGUCAAGGAGCGCUAUGCUUCCCAGAUCGCUACCAUCCAAAAGUCCUACCCCAAGGCUGGUGACUUCAAGCUGCCCAAGGACGGCAAGGCCUUGCGCCUUGACUACAUGGACGGUGUUGCAUUGCUGAAGGAGGCCGGUGUUGACAUGUCAGAGCAAGAGCGCUUCGAGAAUGACUUCAGCACCGCGAUGGAGAAACAGCUGGGUCUGAUUAUCCGCGAAAAGUACGAUACUGACUUCUAUGUGCUGGACAAGUUCCCCAUGGCUGUCCGUCCAUUCUACACUAAGGCCGACCCCAAGGACGCCCGCUUCUCCAACUCCUACGACUUCUUUAUGCGUGGUGAGGAGAUCAUGUCUGGCGCUCAGCGUAUUAACAACAUUGACGAGCUGGAGGCUUCGAUGCGCUCCAAGGGUCUCGACCCGACACAGGAGGGCUUCGAGGAUUAUCUCAACGCCUUCCGUCAAGGAUGCCCCCCUCAUGCUGGUGGUGGUCUAGGUCUGAACCGUAUUGUGAUGUUCUUCUUGGGACUGCCUAAUGUGCGCCUGGCAUCGCUGUUCCCUCGUGACCCGCAACGUCUACGCCCGUAA